UGGGCGCAAACGCCUACCAAAGGCCGCAAAGUGCCCAACAAUAUAUCCAUGUCAUCCCCCGGAGCAGGGCGACGAUAAGCUUAAAGCAACUGUACCAUUUUACAUGCUCAAACCUUAACUCAAACCCCAAAAAAAAAAAUAUUGAAGCCACAAUUUGCUCCGUUUAGAAAUCUCAGCGUAUUCUUAUACAUAUAGGAUACACAUUUUGCAUAUUUAAAGCAGAAAAGUUGCUCGCAAGACGCGACCAACCCCCAGAAAGAAGCACUUAAUUCAAUAAUAAAUUGCCGCCACACUGAAGGGCAGCAGCAGCAGCUAAGGCAAGCCCCGAAUCAACCCAGUCAGAGCCCACAGAUAACCAAGUUACAGCUCAGCUUUGUUUAGCUCCGGGUGCGAGGCCACGGGCCGGGGGGCCAGAGACCAGCCCAGCCCAGCCCGGCCCAGGCCAGCCCAGUUUUGCGCCUCAGAGACAACAACUUUUAUCAAAUUGCGUAUAAGGGGGUUUGUCGGUAGGUAAGCGUAAAAUUCAUAAUCAUGAAUGCUUCGCUUAAACUUCCACCCCGUUGGGAGUUACAAAAGCAAAAAAACAAAAAUAUAGAUACUUCCCCACAUAUAUACUUAAUGCUGGGAAUAUGCACGUUAAAAGCGAAAGUCAAGGAAGCUACCAUUUCGAUGGAAUACACGAGUACAUUAUAUACAAGCCUGCGAGUGUGUGCGUGAGUAUCUGUGUAUCUGAGUCUGCGUGAGCGGCCAUUGUUGUGCGCUGCGAAAAACAACCCUGAAGCGUGCCUCUCGCUCACACAGACAGAUAGCCAGCAAAUCGAUGAAUGGAGCGGCCGACGUAUGUGUGUGUGUGUGCGUGCCUAGGUAGGCCGCUAGGUAGGCCUACUGGCCAGGACCUUUGCGUCGAAUGAAAGAAAAAAAAUCUCUUUAAAUUGUGCGCCGCUCGGCCGGGAGAGUUCAGUUCGAGUUGAGAUCUUGUAACGCACACACACAGCUCCGGCUACGCAAUUGCACCGCCAACUGUUCCUCCGCCCAAUUAACGCAGUGAUUCUCUAAAUUUAAAACGAAAAAAACACAGUAAAAAAAACGAAACGAAAUAUGUCGACAAUUAAUAUGCACCCACCGCAAACGUAUUCGCGCCUGUUCCGUCCCUGGGAUACGCAACGCCAAACGCCAGCGCCGCCCGCUCGGACCGUGAAACGUGAACGUGAACCCGAAACGGUGACCAUCAAAACGGAGCUGCCCAGCAGCAGCAGCAGCAACAGUAGAUGCUGCUAUGGUCAGGAUAGCGACCGCGAGUCCUCCUCAUCCUCGUCGAGCAGCAGCAGCAGCAGCACCAGCAGCAAAUCCAGCUACGAGGAUGGCCUCAACAGCAGCUACACGCGCACCUCGACUCCCCUGCUGGAUGCCGCGCCGCAGCCAACGUUUCCGGCUGCCUCGGCGGUGGCGCCACAGCCACAGUUGUCGCCGCAGCCAGCACCGUUUAUGCCCGCCAGCGAGCUGUACUAUGCCGCAGCAGCAGCAGCUGCCGCCGCUGCCAAUACACCGGCCGCCGCUGCCUUUGGCAUGGAUCCAUUCACCCUGGGCCUGAUGGAGCAGGAGUACGCUCGUGUCAUGGCCGAGGAUGCGCAGCUAAAGGCGCUGAAUGCACGCAAACAGCGGCCAAAGAAAUUCAAAUGCCCGCACUGUGAUGUCGCCUUCUCCAACAAUGGCCAGCUGAAGGGACACAUUCGCAUACACACCGGCGAGCGACCCUUUAAGUGCGACGUGGAAACCUGCGGCAAGACCUUCACACGCAACGAGGAGCUGACCCGGCACAAGCGCAUCCACUCGGGACUGCGUCCGUAUCCGUGCAGCGCAUGCGGCAAGAAGUUCGGUCGUCGCGAUCAUCUCAAGAAGCACAUGAAGACGCAUAUGCCGCAAGAGCGCCAGCUGGGACCGGCCAUCUUUAUGCCCAUGUAUCCAUAUUUGUAUGGCUACUAAACAGUUGACCAGCAGCUGCUCCAGCGAUCUGUGAAUCCGCGGGCUACAAGCCCAAAUAUCUACCAACGACAACAACAACAACUCAAGAAGCAACUCAAUGCCGGCCAAGAAAUACUCUACCUCAGGCGUACCUGGCGCAAACUGGCGCAGACAACACACACACACACACACACACACGAAACAAACAAAAACUACCUCAGCACCAAUCUAAGCCAAACAAUCAUGAAGACGAUAUUUAUAGAUAUCCGUGACGAUAUAUGCAAAUAUUGAGCUAUUUAUUUUUUAAUGAAUAUUUACAUUUCCACUACGUGACGUGAGGUAGAAGCGUCGAAAAAAACCCCACACAUGUGUAAAUAAAAAUCCUUAAGUGAUCCUUUCUCAUA